AUGAACACAAGAACAGUACAGAAAGUCAUUCACGCUAUCAAGAAACCUGAAGGUGUUGGAGCAGUUGUGAGGAGAUCAAUCGGUGUGCCAGGGAUGUACAAAUUUUCCCCAUUUUUAAUGUUGGAUCAUUUUUAUGUUCCAGAAGGUGGAUUUGAAGCACAUCCUCAUAGUAGUAUUAAUACAGUCACCUUAGUCAAGAAGGGAGCUAUCAUGCAUGAAGAUUUCAACAAUAAAGGUGUUCUUUUUGAGGGUGAUAUGCAAAUUAUGUCAUCCAGAUCAGGUAUAGUUCAUGCUGAGAUGCCAGUUGCUUUAAAAUCGGGUCAAAUUCCAGAAGGUAUGCAAUUAUGGGUCGAUCAACCAAUCGAAUUGAGAAAAGGUGAACCUUCAUACACAGAUGUAAGAGGUUACGAAAUUGAGGAAGCUGAGGAACAAGACGGUAAAUUGAAAGUUUCAGUUCUUAGUGGUGAAGCUUAUGGAAUCAAAGCUGAUAGAAGUUUGUUGGAUGUUCCUUUCCAUUAUUAUACUUAUAAUUUGAAACCGGGAGCAAUCUUCGAACAGAAAUUCCCUGAAGACUUUAAUGUCUUCCUCUAUGUCAUGAAAGGAGAUGGUUUGAAAAUCUCGGAUGGUACUGAAAUCAAUGAAUUCCAUACUGGUUUUUUCAAAACUGAUGGUUCAUCCGUGAAAGGAGCUAACCCAAUCAGUAAUGAUGAUGAAAUCGAAUUUCUUUUGGUAGGAGGUAAGAUUUUAGAUCAACCCACAGUCCACUAUGGGCCUUUUGUAGCUGAUUCUCAGGCACAAUUGAGAGAAAUUAUUGAAGAUUAUAGUUAUCAACGUAAUGCGUUUGCUCCUAUGAGACAUUGGCAAAGUUUAAUCAGUAGUGGUGUAACUCAAGAUAUGGUUGAUAAAUAUGGUGGUAGUGAAUCCGAAAGGGAUAAGAAAAGAGAUGAAUACUUAGCUAAGAAGAGAGAAUUAGUUACUGAUGAAUUCAAGGAUGAACUUUAG